AUGGCAGCCAAAAAGAAAAAAGCAACUGCAGCUUCUACAUCCCGACUUCCAGCAGGAACCGUCUCUCUACCGGCCUCCAAGGCAGAAGAUCGAGCGCCGUCGGCGGAAAACGAAGAUUUAUCCCUCAACCCUCAACAAGUCAAAGAAAAGCAAGAAUCAUGGCCGUUGCAUGCGCCCAUGAUUGAAUAUGAAAGCUGCGAUGAAAAGUGCGCUGGAUGGGGCUCCGAUGCAGACUCUGGGAGUGAAGGUUCUCUCGACGAUGAUAUGGAUUUUCUGCCGACGGGUUGGGGGAAGAAUAAGAAGCAGUCGAGUGAAGAUAAGGAGAGAGCGGAAAUUGCUAGAAAAGCCAAGAUGAAGAAGGAGAAAUCUCAAGCAUCAUCCGCAGUAGUGGUGGCAGCUUGUCGAGAGGAAACACCCACGGCUUCAGAUGGAAAAGUGGAAGUCUCUCGCACGCUUGUCAAGUUGGCAAAAUCUUGCACCAAUACAGAGAGUACGGAGACUGCGCUGGAAUUAUCUGGCGAUAUAGCCGAGCAAGUCACUCGUGGAAGUGUCAUCGAGGAUAUCAAAGUGAUCAAGUCGACGACUUCACUUGAGAAUUCAUGUCUCGUGUGCGCCUCUCAAUCUUCAGAAACUGUGACGAGCAAUACCACCAUCCAGAAGUCAAAAGUGCCAGAUCCAAAGCCGAGCAUCAAAUUGAUGGAGAAGAUGGCCCGACAAGAGCGUGAUUUGAAGUCUGCGAAGACACAAGCUGGUUCCUUGCGUGCAGAGAUCGAAGUUCUAAAUCAAAAGCACAGGCUGGAAAUGCAAAAGCAACUGGAUCAACUCAAUGAGAGUCAUCUAAAUGAGAUGGAAGCGAUGAAAUUAGAUCUCGAGGAAGCGCAGGCAGCACGACAGAAAGCAUCCACUGACUUACGGAAAGUCAGGGAGAAGAACCCAGCAGUUCGAACGGAGAGAAGAGAGUUGGAUCUAAAGUUGGGGGCAAUGAACGAGGAAGUCGUGAGACUUGGGGAGAAAAUCUCAACCUUAGAGACACAAAAGAAUGAUGCUCAAAUAUCGGCAGAGUCUCUAUUCCGUGCGCUAAGACUAACAGCACAAGACGUCACAGACGGCCGACUCAAACUAGAUGUAGUACAAGAACAUAGUGCGACAUUUCAGCAACAAGUGAGGAGUUUAAGGGUUGAAAAUCAUAGGAUCAGGCAGGAGCAGUCCCGGACAGCCUCGACUUCCAAUCGCUUGCAACAGCUAGAAACGAGGUACGAGAACCUCAAGACUGACCAUUACACUCUCGAGGAUGAGCAUAACGAGCUCCAAGAAGAUGCAGCUAGAUACCGACGCGAGCGCGAAGAGUACAAAGGAGAAGCGGAGUACUACAAAAAAAAGCGAAACGCUCUUCGAGACGAAUUGGAAAGUGUUGAGGCAAGCCUCGAGAAGAUGACAGCUAAGUAUGCGAGUAUAUUAUCUAGCCGUGAUGCUGUACGACAGAGCUACCAGGAAUUGAAGAAGGCACAUGAUAUCAGAGAGCCAUUGGCGAAGAUAGGAGCGGAUAUACGAUUACGUUUUCUGGACCAAGCACGAGAGACAGCACUCAAUAUCUCCCGAUGUGAGGCAGACAUGGCUUUAAGAACUAAUGGUAAUGUUGCUGCUCAUAGGGGUAAUGCGGCUACAGAUGCGGCAUUAUUCAAGGGUAAACUUAUCCCGGAGGAGUACGAAGAAGAGGCCGAGGAGAUCUUCCAAAAGUUGUACAGCCAUGAAUCAAGCGACUACCCAUUCUAUGACAGAAUCUCCGAAAGACAAAUUGACUGCGAAGCAACAUUGUCUACAAUAAAAGAAUCCAGUGUAUCGGCGCCUCUGCGUGAGGAGUGGCGCGUGGUCUGGAAUAGAAUUCUACACGGCCCGGCCAACAAAAAAAUGGUCUUGAUUGAAGAACUGGAAAGUUUAACCGAUGAGAUAGUGGACUUAGAACGCUCCAGUCGUCGUCGCAGAUAA